AACCACAGACAGUUGGACACAACUGAAACAGAACAACAAUUAAUUAACACCUGCUGUAAGGAGCAGAUUUCAAGGUUGGAGGGGACCUAAGAAAGGUCCAACCCUCUUAUUUUCACAAAGGAGAAAAGUGAGGUCCUAAGAGGGAAAAGGACUUGCCUAGGUUGUAGUAAGAACUCAGCAGAGAUAGGACGAGAACCUAGGCCUGACCUUUCGUCCAAGGCCAGGCUACCCCACCUCCCCAUUCUCAAGUGAGUGGAGCUGAGGGGACCCUGCCUUUCCCAGAGACUGCCACUCUCCAGUGCUGGCACCACCUUGGGGAGCAGCUGCUUUGGUCCAGCUUGGCCUUAGGAAAGACAAACAACAAACAAAGGUCAUCGGUGCCCAGGAGACCAGAAAGGGGAUUAACACCACCACCACCACCACCCUCCCCCACCUCUCUAAGGAAGGGAUGGGCAUAUGAACACUGAACUAAACUGGUUACUGUUCUCUAGAGGGAACUGUUGGGCAACAGGGGAGUGUGCCCUUUUUCUUACAGUCCCAAUGGUUUGUGAACGCAGAGCUGUUUACCCCUUUAGAUAACCCAGAGGGCAGACAAUAUGUCAGGGCCAGGGGGGCCAGCACGCCCAGGAGAAAGGACAAAGGAUGAUUUUGGGGGCGUGAAGCCUGCCAACCCCUGGAGGUGAGACUGGGCACUGGAGCCUCACACGUGCUGAUCUGUUUACAAAUGUCCCCAAACUUUCCUCUGCAGAGAGAGUUGAGCUGGAGUAGGGAGGGCAAGAUUAUUGUUCCCAGCAGUUCUGGGCACGGAUCCCGGUGACUCAUACAUGAGGCUGGCCUCUGAAGGUGCAGCGGGAGUGCUGAGGGCUCCAGAAGUGUCUGUCUCCUGCCUCACUCCCCAGAAGGAGACUGGGCAAUCAAUACCAAGCCAAGUCUAUGAUUUCUGUCCCAUCCUCUAGCCCUGGGGUGUCCUAGGGAAGUCAGUCAGAGGGAGCAGUGUUUAAUCCUGUCCCACCCUCUCACCCCCCCCAGGAAUUGAAAGUAGACAAUCUCUGUCCCUCCUUUGCCCCGCUUAAAUAAAAUGCACACUCUACCCACUGUGCCCCCCCCCCUUCCUUCCCUGAGUCUGGGCUCCAGAUAUAGUUCCUUCGCAAUGGGCCUGAAAAUAGAUUGGGGGUGGGGGGGAGGUGGGGGUUAUAUAAAGCAUCAGAGAGAAGACCAGAUUGAGAGAGAGAGCUGACCCAGAGUGACCAUGGCUGCAUUCAAGUUGAGCUGCGAGGUAUCAGAAGAGAAUGGAGACCGCAGGGAGACUUUCUGGGCUGAAUGGAAGGAUCUGACACUGUCUUCCCGGCCAGAGGAGGGUUGUUCUGUGCAUGAAGAAGAUAGCCAACACCGAGAGACAUACCACCGGCAGGGGCAGUGCCAGGCGCUGGUGCAGCAGUCACCCUUGCUGGUGAUGAGGAUGGGUAUCCUUGGCCAGAGGCUGCAGGAGUACCAGCUGCCGUAUUCGAGGACACUGCCUCUGCCCAUCUUCACACCCUCGAAGGUGGGCUUGAAGGAAGAUCGCGAGGCCACCCCCAUCCAGCUUCGGGAGCUCCUGGCUCUGGAAACAGCUCUGGGGGGGCAGUGCCUGGACCGGCGAGAGGUGGUUGAGAUCAAAAAGGAGCUGCCUCCUGUGGUGGCUGCCAGCCAUCCCCAGUUUGGCAAACCGGGUGCUCCCCGCCGCUCUCUAUCCCGAUCCCUGUCCCAGGAAGCACAGAGAGGCUGAAGGGGACUCUGGGGGUGAAAUCCCUUCUCCCCUGACUCCUGUGCCCACCCUGCUGUGGGCAUUACCCAGCUAAGAACGGGGGGGGGGAGGGGAGGACUGGUCACUAAAGCUUUGUAGUUAGCCCAGACCUGCGUUGGGGAAGUGGGAGCUGAAAAGUGGAACAUGUGGGUCUUCUGAGCUCCCAGAGGGAGGACAGAAUAGUAAAAAGAUGAGGAGCUAGGGUAUAUCAACAUCAUCUGAAAAUUGCAGACAAGAAUUAGAUGACAGACUAGAUGGCUGAACACCAGGAUCUAGAGAAAAAAGGAGAGAUGUGAAUGGGGGAUUAGAAAGCCCCCUGAAAGAGACCAGAUGGAAGGGGGAUGUAAGACUGGCGGUGGCAGGAGCCCCAAUGGGAGAAGACAGGGAUGGGGGAGUAGUGUCAGGGUCCCACCCAAGCAUCAUCUGUUAGUGCUACAAUAAAAGUGAAAACUAGC